AUGUUGGACGUGGAAAACUUGAGUCUGUCGCUGCUGAUCGGAGGCCUUGUCGGCUUCGUUACAGUGAUGGGAGCCGCUAUAAUCUACGUGGCGAAGAAAGAAAGGCAAGGAGAAGAGGAGGAAGCGUAAGUUUCUCAGCGGAAAAUCAUUACAGUAUAGAAUAAAUUGUAGCGAUGUUGUGAUGGACGAAGUGACCGAAACUGUGGUCAGUGAUGAACCGGCGAAGAAAAACAAACAUCAGAGGAAGAAUGACCAGUGGAAGGUAUCCGCAAUUUAAAGGAGGCAUUCAGGAAGAAAAUCGAAAAAUAAUUUGACACUGCAGAAAUGUACCUUGACGUUGUUCCGUAUCAACCCCAAAAGCACAGAUUUUUACGAUGUCUCCCAGAUUUUUCUCGGUUUUUAGAGCAGCAAAUUGCUGUUCAUCUAUUUUUUCAAUUUUCCGAAACAAAUCACGUUUCUUCAGAUUCAACCGCUCAAAAAUGUUUUCCCGCUGGGCACAUUACUUAUUCUAAGGGUCCUUUCCACCGUCACAGAAAAUGACCCAACUCGUCAAAAAACAGAUUACUGUAGAUUACUGUAGAAAGCAGAAAAAAUAUUGGGGCGAGUUGGGUCAUUUACAGUGACCGAUGGAAAGAACCCUUAGAAUAAGCAAUGUGCGCAAGAGGAACAUUUUUGACCGUGUGAAACUGGAGAAAACAUGAUUUGUUUCGGAAAAGUGAAAAAAAUCGAUGAACAACAAUUUGCUGCUGAAAAAAUCAGGGAGACAUCGCAAAAAUCAGUGCUUUUGAAGUUGAUACAGAACAACGUGACGUGAACGUGCAUUUCUGCAGUGUCAAAUUAUUUUUAAAUUUUUCUCCGGAUGCCUCCUUCAAAGAAAACGCUGAACAACGGAUUUUUCAGUCAAAGGAGCCGUCAUUCUCUCAUCCAUGGAGCGUCACUGUUUUGAAGGGACACACGAAAGAAGUGACGGACAUUGCGUUUGCUUCCGACGGAAAGAAGUUUGUCUCAAUUUCCACUGAUCGGACCGUUAUUCUCUGGGACGUGCGAGAUUUUGAGAGCAAAGAGCACAAGUCGAUCCGUCAGACUGUCGAGUACGACACUCCGACGCGCGUCGUCUUCGCUCCCGACUGUAAGAGUGUGGUGUUCAGUGUGAAACGAGAUAACAAGGUUUGAAAACAGCCCCGCCGAUCACCAACUCAAUUUUUCAGUUGUGCGUUUACAAACUCGUGAAGAAAGCAGAAGGUUCUGGAUCGCAUCAUUUUGUGCACAUCGAUAAUUUGGAGUUUGAAACAGUACAUCAAGUAGAUAUUCAACACAUUGGAAUUGCGGGAAAUGGUAUUUAGGAGAGCCGUUGAAGACGUGGAAAUGUGAAUACUUGCAGCCAAGUACCUGAUGAGUUCGGGUCUCGACAACAAGAUAUGCUUGUACGAUCUUCGUGGACAGCUUCUCAAAUCGAUCGACGCCAAAGUAAGCAGUCUCUACGACUGCCGUCUCUCUCCUGACGGCCGAUUCGUGAUUGUCUCUGGAUUCACUCCUGACGUUUUCGUCUUUGAGCCGACCUUCUCUAGAGACGGAUCUUUCCAAAAUGCGAAGAAAGUGUAUAGCCUAAGUGUAAGAUCUCACUUCGACCCAACAACUCCACGAAAUUGUAACUUCAGGGUCAUCAAUCAGGCGUUCUCGCCGCUGCUUUCAACGCGACUUCUACUCGUGCCGUAACUGUGUCGCGGGACGGACGCUGGCGUGUUUUCGAUACAGAUAUACGCUAUGAGGCUGGACAAGACGCGAAGAUUCUGAGAGAGUGAGUUGGCAGAAAACAAGUGGACGAGCGGAAUGCAUUGCUAGGCAACCGAAACGGGUAGACGAAAGACGAGCAGCGAGUUGGCACGGCAAUUCGGAUUUGUUAUCGCAAAAUACAUAAUUCGCCAUUCAGGGGGAGCUGGGAGCCUCUGCGUGGAGCCACAAGUGAGAAUGUUCGAUUGGAAGUGAGCCCAAGCGGGGAUUCUUUCGCUGUCUCGUACAAAACCGAUCUGAAAGUGUUCAGCUCCGAAGAUGAAACUAAAGAUUACCAAGAAUGUGAGAGGAAAACGGGAAAAGAUGAAAGAAAUGAGAAAUUUUCAGUGAAGAAUAUCUGUUCAAUUACCAUCAGCUCAAUAGUCUACUCUUCCGAUGGAAAGUACAUCGCAACUUGCGGAGACAAAUACAUUCGUGUCAUCCGAAACGUUCCCGAAUUGCACAGUCGUGUCGUGAGACUGACUCGUGAACUGCCGGAAAUCACGCAAGAAGGAGCCCGCCGCAGAACCAAGGAGUUGAUCCUAGAGGCCAAGGAGAUGCUCCAAAACUACGAAGACUAA